GUCUGUGCCAUACAACAUGUGGAUGUGUGUAUGUUCAAUAAUGGCAAAUUUAAAAAUGUGGUUGCCGAUUCCGACACACAAUCACCACCGCCCAUAGAUCGCACCGUACCACCGGGAGGUACCCUCAACACCACUGUCACCCUAAAACCUCAAAGAGGACCUACCAAAAAUUGGAUCGCCUUAGAGGACACAUUACAAAGAAGCACUGAACCUGAUGAAAUUACCGGCGCCAUAGCUGCCUCUGCUGUGCGCACACCACACUUCCUAAUGCAAGCAAAUCAUUCACCAAACUUUUGUUCCAGUCCGGCAGUGUUUGUGCCACCACUGCCAACAGCAGCCGGCAGUGGUUCCAACCCCGCCACAAAUGAUGAACGUAAUGUUUUCGCCAUUUAUGUUUCCUAUUAUGUUAAGGUCAAACUGACCCUUUCCGGUAUGGGUGGUGAGUUGUCGCUGAAGUUACCAUUUGUCCUGGUACACAUUGAUGAGGAACAGCGCCAUCUAAGUGAAAUGCAAAUGGAAAAGUUGGCCUUAGAUGAUGUACCGGCUGGUAAGAAAAAUGGCAAUAAAACCAAACCACCAGCAUCGCCGAACAAAAUUGAGACCAGCCAAGAAUUUGCUGUCAGCCAUAGCCUAGAUCGCAUAGAGUCCGUAGAUGAUGAAAAUAUCCACAUAAAAGUCAGUUCAUCGGCCACAAAUCGUAGACGUCAAUUGAUACGCAGCGAAACAAUAGCCAAGGACUUGGAUGAAGACCCCUUAACGACGGCGGCGGAACUUGCGGGUGGAGAACAUGUGGUGCAUGUUGCCCAAGUCCAUAGUGCCAAUAAUGUGCCAAAAUUUGAAGAAACUUCCACAGAAAAAGAUCACAUACAAAUGGAACAUAAGAGUGUCUCUCCACAGGUCUCACACGAAUUGACCGUAAAUCAAAUCCACGAGCUGCACUCGGCGAGAGAACACAAAAGUGGCGGUGAGGAGACAACCGCUUCCAAUGGAGUGUGA